AACGACAAAAUGUUCCUCCUUGUGACAUGAACGUGUUUCCUUUGAAAUUUAUAUUAUUUGUUUAAUUGUUAUCUUGGAAAAAAGAAUUAUUCCUGAUGAAGUUCCGCAGAUCUGCGACAACAACGAUGAAGAAUAGUCAAUGGCUACGAAGCUACAAAAUGUAAACAGACCGAAAUGAAAAAAACGGGAAAAAUAUGAUUGAAUUCGAGUACUGUCGCAUCGAGUAGAUCGUUUGACAAUGUUGGGUUCGCACAUUCUCAAAUUACAGCAAAUGACUAUUAUAAUCUUGUGGCUCGCUCUUGUUUCGCCACUAAUCUCUGCCAAGAUUUUCAAACUAACGUGUUGUUCACGCGACAGAAUGGAUUCUUCGAGAAAUAGAUUAAGCAACGCGCGACUCUCUGUUACCGACGAUUUUUUGAACUCGCCGCCAUCGAUUAAAGAACCGCAGCACGCGCAGAAGCUGACGUGUCUCGACAGAAGCAGCCGACAGGAGCAUCAUUCGCGUAUAGUCAUUCAUUUAUUUUCGCUGUUAGGUUAACGUUUUGACAAAUAUCACAGUUUCACAUAGAUGUUGGGAAAAAUCAAAACAAAGCAGGACAAAAGUGGCGAAAUGAUUGCAUAUAGCGAGGCUGCAGUCUUAAAUAAUGCUGCAGUUGUGGAAUAUUGUAAGAUAUCAAUGGCAGCGCUGUCAGGUGGUACAGCUGGUCUGUUAGGGUUAACUGGAAUAUAUGGAUUCGGAUUUUAUCUUUUUGCUGUUUUCGGAUUAUGGGGAAUGCUACUGAUGAAAGCAGGUGGUCAGUGGAAAAAGUAUUUCAUUAGUAGGCGGCAUCUUUUAACGAGUGGCUUCUGGGGAGGGCUUUUUCAUUUCAACAGCUAUAUAUAAUAUAUCGAUAUAAAUUUCUUAAUAAUUAAUUAGAUUUUUAUAUGGGAUGGUACACGUCUAUUAAGAAUGGCAGCAACAGGUGAUUCGCAGCAAUUAUGAUCAUGCAAUUACAUACAUAAUACCGUAAAGAUACAUAAUUACAUAAAACAGUCAUUGAAUCGUUGUAUUUACAUCACCUCUAAGUACUUCAGACACUGACCAAAUAAACGAUAAAGCGUUCACGUGAUAUUGUAUAAGUAUAUCGAUAUGUAUAUAGAAUACACUUUUAAUUAUGUAAUAAAACAAUUGCGGCUUUUA